UGGCCAAAAGAACAGCUAUGAAUACAGAACCCCUGUUCUCCAAAACCCAAAAUCCACCUCAACACCAUUUUACUCUCUUUGUCACCAAUCCCAUUAAGCUUGAAGAACCUUCCAAACAAAGCACCCAGAAAUCAAAUGCAAAAAACCCAAAAAGCAUAAUCCCCAGGAAGCAUCAAAUUUACCAUCUUUGCUUCUUGCAUGUAAAUGCUCCGCUGUUGAUCAAGCAGAAUGGCGCCACGUGGUGCCCUUUAUACUGGCUCUGUUCACAAUGCAGGGAUUGUGUUCCAGAAAUUGCCCCAAAGAAAUUGUGUUCAGUGGAGAUGAAGCUGGAAUCAUCAAAGAAUGCAAGUAAGCCAAUUUGGAAACCCAUAAUUGCAUAAUGGCUACUUGGGUCUGAAACAAUACAUCAUGGUUUUGCCCCACGCCUGGUUCUAUUUAUUAGAAAUAAAUAUGCAACGGGGAGACGUAAAACCUGAACCCUGUGCCAUACAAAGAAAACAAGGUAGGGAAAUCAGCCAAGACUGCUCCCAAACAACAAAAAUACAGAAAUCAAGAACCAGUGCUACCGAAACCCAAGAAUGGGAACAACUGUAUAUGCCAUUGAAGAUAUGUUCCUCUAUCUCAAUGGCGAAACAGAAAGCGACUACUCUCGGGAGGAACCCUGCAGAAUACAUUAUAGGGACAUUCAUUCUACUUUAGGCCAUCAUCCUGGGGUCUUCCAGAGGAUGUGCUUAACAAACGCUGCAGUUGUGGUAAAAUUGGCAUGUUAGCAUGUUUUUCGGAAUUUCACAAAUGGGUAUGUGCUGUUCGCACCUGCAGUCAGAACAACACUCAUGAGUGUCAGCUCGUGGCCAGAAGGAGGCCAAUACACUGCGGAUGAUGUAGCCAAAUAGGACACAACCGUUGCACCUGCAGUUAGAACAGGUUGUGAAAUUUUUUUUUUUUUGGGCAAUUAGAACGGGUCUUGAUGGAAUGAAUUUGUCUUGGGGCUUGUUGUAGUGUUGUACCAUGUUUAUGUCCCAGCUUCUGUUUUCCAAACCUUAAACUUCUAGUCUUAUGGAAAUUUUUGUGUGUACUUGGAAUCUUUCAAGUUUCAAUCAAAUGCUGAUUUGCAUAUUA